CCUGCGCGAGGGGGCGGGGCCUGGCCGGCGGGGGCGGGGCCUGGCCGGCGUGAGCGCGGCCGCGCGGUAGAAGUGCGGGCCGGAGAGGCGGGAGCUCCAUUUCCGGGUCAGGUCCUCUCCCGCCAGCCCGGGCUUUCUCUCCUCCAUGGCCAGUGGCAGCGGCGCGGGUGCGGCGGCCUCGGCCAACCUGAACGCGGUGAGGGAGACCAUGGACGUUCUGCUUGAGAUUUCAAGAAUUUUGAAUACCGGUUUAGAUAUGGAAACGCUAUCUAUUUGUGUACGACUUUGUGAACAAGGAAUCAACCCAGAAGCUUUAUCGUCUGUUAUUAAGGAGCUUCGCAAGGGUUCUGAAGCACUAAAGAUCCUAGCCUAUAAUAUGUGCAUGUUAACAGCUGUAUGGGGCACUUUAUGCUUUAGGAAGGAGACCAAGGAAAAUGAGAGAGGACAAAAAUGCUGGCAAGGGACAGGCUGCCGAAAAUACAAGCUGACUUCUGGAGAAGUCCUGAACAGAUAUGUCAAGCUCUGCAAGACAAUUUGAAGAUUGCAUUGUAGUCAAGAUGUACAGUGAUAUUACUGGUUGCUGUGUAGAAAAUGUUUUCUUUUAAAAAGAAUUGUAAAGCCAUGGCUGUGUAAGUCAGUGGGAGGUGGCUUAAGGGAGAGCUAACAGGCGUGUUUCCAUCACAGCCAUCUUUUGUUAUGCCCCCAAUUCCUUGGUGUUGCCGUGCUCCUAUUUAUGUAUUCCUUAUUUAUAGCUCUGCUAGCUGUAAUUUUCUAAACAGGAUCUAUCAGAUGUACACAGCUGCUGUGCCUGGUUGGAGUUGGUGGAACACAUCAGAGGUGAUGAAUAGCAGUUAUGACUUGUUGACAUUUCCAUUAUAAACCUUAAUUUUGAAUUGUUUAUGCAUAGUAACUGGCUAUGUGUUCCAUUGGGCUGGAAGUUGAUGGGAUUUCAGCUGCCAUUUAUGAACUUGGCUUUUUUGUGUUUCACAUCUUGUUUUUUAAAAAAGGAUCAAAAGCCUGUCUUCUAAUCAUCUCAACAGAAUAUUAAUAUUUUAAGUAGUGUUUUUGGCAGUUAACCUAACCAAAAGUGUAAAGAUCAAUUUUUGUAUUAAUUAAAACUUAGAACUUUUAGAAACUUAGAUUUUAAAAGUAAUGCCUGGGCUUGACUUAGCAUUAUCUGUAGUUUUGAACUUUUAAAUCUAAAGAGAGUAGCUGAGAGUGCUUUUCUUUCUAAAUUUUAUACCCAAAUGCCUACAAAAUAAUGUAUAAAGUAAAAACAGCAAACAUGCAAAAAUUUCCUUUUAAUUUUAUUGCAUAAAAAUAAUAGGAAUGCUUACUAUUUAAUCACGAGUGGCUAUUUAAUCAGUAUAUAGGUGGUGUUUUAACAAAUUGGUAGGGUGUCCACGUGUUAGUAAAAGCUAAUGAAAUGUGUACUAGUAAUUAUGACUGCAGAAAAAUUUUGUCAUUUAUACCAUUAAAGCUUAAACUAAAUUAAAAAUAAAUUCAAAGAAAUUUUUGAUGGUAUUGGUUCUGUUCCUGUUACAGAAUCUCAGUGGGAUAUUUUCACAAGCUUAAUAUGGAUUUAAUCUGAAUUUUUUUAUUUCUUAAAUUUUAAUUUUAGUUCUCUGACAUUUAAAUGAUAUACAAGCAUUCAUUUUUCUGUACCUUUUUUUAUAGUUCAAACAAGUAGAAAUGGUUUUUAAAAGAUUUAAUAACCAAGUAGCUACCCUCUCUGCUUCCCUUAAACUAAUCUCAACUAUUGAUCAUUAUUCCCUUCUACCAGAAGACAGGGCAGAGGAAUUGUGCACCGCAGUCUGCCUUGGUCUAUAUAGGCAACAUAACGAGACAUGAUGUCAACAAACAAAAUCUGAGCUUAUAGCUAUUUUGACUUUAAAUGCAUGACAUCUUUACUGAGUAAAUUGAAAGGUCUGUGGUAGGCAGCUCUCCCAAGUUGGGAGACAGAACUUGUGAGAAUCGUAUGCUUGCUGAUGCACGUGAUGCAUAUGAUUUAUAAAAUCAGAAAGUACUUCCUCAAACUCCACAGUUUGUAUUUACUUCUAGGACAAAGAGUUGAUAGUUUUAUUUACGAUGUAGAUUAAGUUAUUUAUGUGUGAAACAAAGUAGGAAAAUAUAUUAAGAAAGGAUUAUGUUUAUAGAGAACAUGUGUGUCUAUUGUUUAUAGAGAACUUCGUGUUACAUUUUUAAAUGUAAACUAUAUUUUUAAUGAGCUCAUAAGGAAUAUUUAAGAGACCAGUGGUACAAUGGCAGUAUCAUGCAUGUUGUCAGUGACAAAAAUAAAAUGAUUUUUGCAUUAUU